GCUACACUGCUGCGCCCACCCUGCAGCGCUUCAGCUAUAGCGAUGGCUGGGGUGAUACGCGCAUCUGUCGUUCAGACAUGUACCGCAGCCUACUCGCUGGAAAACACGCUAAGCAAGUUUGAAAUUCUGUUGUGCUUAGCCAAGGAACGCGAUGGAGCUCAGCUGGCUGUCUUUCCGGAAGCAUUUAUAGGUGGCUACCCAAAGAUGUCGCACUUCGGCGCUGUCGUUGGCGAGCGAUCAGACAGUGGCAGAGAUGAAUUUUUACGCUACUAUCAGGGAGCGAUCGAAAUUCCUUCGCCCACAAUAUCUCGCAUCGAGGCAGCGUGCAAGGAGCACAACGUGUUUGUUGUCAUGGGUGUCAUAGAGAAAGAUCUGGGUACUCUGUACUGCACUGCGAUUUUUGUCGACCCAGUCGCUGGCCUCGUUGCGAAGCACAGGAAGCUUGUCCCCACAGGUACUGAGCGCAUCAUCUGGGGCCAAGGCGACGGUUCCACGCUCCCAGUGCUGGAAGCACGAUUUGACGCCAUCACGAAUGAUAAUCCUGCUGGCAGGGAAGCCACUAGGGCUAAGAUAUCCGCGGCCAUAUGUUGGGAAAAUUAUAUGCCCUUAUUGCGCACGUAUUACUAUUCUUUAGGAACACAGCUUUACUGCGCUCCCACUGUUGAUGCAAGGCCACAGUGGCAAAGCACGAUGACACACAUUGCUCUAGAAGGUCGCUGUUUUGUCUUGUCUGCCUGUCAGUUCGCGAAGGAAGCAGACUACCCACCCGAUCACGCCGUCGCGGACAAAAGCAAUCGCAAUGCAGACAAUAUCAUGAUCAGUGGAGGAAGUGUUAUCGUCAGCCCGUUGGGGGAGAUUUUGGCUGGUCCAUCGCGAGAGCCGGAAACUAUCCUGACGGCAGAUUUGGACCUGGACCAAAUCGCCAGGGGAAAGUUUGACCUUGAUGUAUGCGGACAUUACGCCCGCACUGAUAUAUUUCAACUUCAUACUAGGACACAAAGUAACCUUGAAGGUUACCGAGACGCCAGCAAGUAAAUUGUUGUCGAGGUUCCAUCAAAACACUUUGACAUCAACAAACGUGGCCGACAUUUCACGCCUGGACUGAUCGACUAUGUAUGACCAGUUUGGACUACCACUCACUACGAAGAGCGGGACAAAGCAUUUUAUGAUGCAACAAAGCGGCUUAGACGACUGGGGAUGUGUAGUAGAUAUAAAGUGUAGCCGUCACUUCCUCACUUUCAUUAUCAGAUCUUGGUCCUUC